AUCGAUAAAUAUCUUACAUCCCUAACUUUGUUUGCGUGUUCAACGCAAAAAAUUGAAAAUUUGUACAAAACAAUUGUUACUUUAGAUAUAUAUAACCUCAGAAAGAGAGGAAAGACAAGGAAGGAGGAUGCUUCACACGUUAUUGUUACCCGUACUGGCCCUGAUUAGCUGCCUGAGCAGCAGCACCGCUACUCAAAGCAAUGUGGUGACGUGUGGCUCCAUACUAAAGCUUCUUAACUCCGAUUACUCCUUCCGGCUACACUCACACGACGUUAAAUAUGGCUCUGGAUCUGGACAGCAGUCAGUGACGGGCGUGGAGCAAAAGGAGGAUGUCAACAGCCAUUGGAUGAUCAAAGCGCAGUCGAACGAACUGUGCGAACGGGGAGAGCCCAUCGCCUGUGGGUACACCAUUCGUUUAGAGCAUUUGACCACAAAAAAGAACCUGCAUUCGCAUCACUUCUCGUCGCCACUCUCUGGCGAACAGGAGGUGUCCGCCUACGGCACGGACGGUGUGGGCGACACCGGCGAUCACUGGGAGGUGGUCUGCACGAACGACAAGUGGAUGCGCGAUGCACAUAUCCGGCUGCGGCACAUUGACACGGGCAUGUACCUUGGCAUGUCGGGACGUUCCUACGGGCGACCCAUCUCCGGCCAAAUGGAGAUCGUAGGCCUGCACAGGCCGCAGCAUGGCACGCGCUGGACCACGGCGGAGGGUCUGUUUAUUGUGCCGAAGGAUAAGGAUCACGAGCACGAGGAAUACGCUCACACCGAGCUGUAGUCUCAUCCCAUGACUGUGACUGCCCCAUUGCCGCCGCAUCCUACUAUUAGUUCAUUAAUUUAUAAUUUAGUGGAAUUUGUAUGUGAAGCGAACGCGAACGAGAAAACGAAACGAGUUCAAUUUGUAUUAGACCAUCAAAUCAAGAAACAAAACCAACAAAUUAAAUUUACUUAAAUGCUAUCACGGGAAUUUCAUA